AUGGUGGACAACACCAGGCUCACCCUCCGCAACCGUUACCUGAGUGACGCGGACGACUUCGGAGAGGGGAGCAACGAGCUGAGCGCCUUUUUGGCGAAGCAUGCGUCGUCGGAGAAGAGGGUGGUGAAGGUGACGGGCACCGACUCGACUGGGGCGCCAACCACUCAUGAGUACACCCUCCAUGAGCAGAAGAUUAAAGGUCAGAAAUCUGGCGGGGGCUUGGACGACUGCAUCACACUGGCGAAGGGGUACGUGAAGGAGCUGCUGAAGCGUUUGGAGAGCCGGAUGAAGGAUUUGGGCUCUCUCGAGGGCGCCAAGCUGUUCACGCAGGGGGCGUACCCGAAAUCUCACUCGAAGCGGCAACGGCGGUUCUUGCAGUGGCUGGAGGCUCUCCGCAAUCUGUUUAAGCGAAAACCGACCGACCCUGACACCCUGCCAGGCGCGAAGAGGAGGCGUCCAGCCAAGGAUGUGGUGAUGGUGCAUGCGCAGAGGCCCGUGAAGCGCACGAAGAAGACCCUUGCGAUGCUGGCCGCGAAGCAGGCGGCAGCAACAGUAGCAGCAGCAGCAGAUGCUGCUGCUCGUGAAGCAGCAGCUGCAGAAGAAGCAGCCAGGCUAGAGGAGGAGUUGGGCCCCUGGCAGAGACGGGCAGGCCACGGCAAAGUGCACAUGGCUUCAGAUUCAGAGCUAGACGGGGACGAUGAGGAAGAUUAUUCUCAUGAUAGCGAUAGUGAAUCCUAG